CUUACAUUGGUGUUCUUAUACAGAACGUCCUACUUUCCUGUGCGCCUUAAACAUGGCGCAGUGGAAGGCGGCCGUGCUGCUUCUAGCGGUGGCAUGCGCCUCUUAUAGCUUUGGUGUUUGGGCGGAAGAGGAGAAGCUUGGCACCGUCAUCGGCAUUGACUUGGGUACCACGUACUCUUGCGUGGGUGUCUACAAGAAUGGUCGUGUAGAAAUCAUCGCAAACGACCAGGGCAACCGUAUCACGCCGUCUUACGUUGCUUUCACGGACAGCGAGCGUCUGAUCGGUGAUGCGGCCAAGAACCAGGCGACUGUCAACCCGAAGCGCACCAUCUAUGAUGUGAAGCGUUUGAUCGGUCGCAGGUUCGAGGACAAGGAGGUGCAGCGCGAUAAGAAGCUGGUUUCUUAUGACAUCGUCGACAAGAAUGGCAAGCCUUACGUGUCUGUUGACGUCGGCGGCGAGAACCGCGUUUUCAGCCCCGAGGAGAUCUCAGCGAUGAUUCUGCAGAAGAUGAAGGAGACGGCGGAGGCGUACCUGGGCAAGACCGUCAAGCAUGCUGUUGUGACCGUGCCGGCCUACUUCAACGAUGCUCAGCGCCAGGCCACCAAGGAUGCGGGCACGAUUUCAGGCCUGAACGUUGUCCGCAUCAUCAACGAGCCCACCGCAGCUGCCAUUGCUUACGGUCUUGACAAGAAGGGUGGCGAGAAAAACAUCCUUGUCUUUGAUCUGGGUGGUGGCACCUUCGAUGUGUCUAUUCUUACCAUCGACAACGGUGUCUUCGAGGUUAUUUCCACCAACGGCGACACCCACCUGGGUGGCGAGGACUUCGACCAGCGUGUUAUGGAGUACUUCAUUAAGCUGAUAAAGAAGAAGUACAAGAAGGAUGUCAGCGGUGAUGCCCGUGCGCUGCAGAAGCUCCGCCGUGAGGCUGAGCGUGCCAAGCGUGCCCUGUCCAGCCAGCACCAGGUUCGCGUGGAGAUCGAGGCUCUGUACGACGGCAUCGACCUGUCGGAGCCGCUCACCCGCGCCCGCUUCGAGGAGCUCAACAUGGACCUCUUCAAGAAGACCAUGGGGCCCGUCAAGAAGGCGAUGGACGACGCCAACCUGAAGAAGAGCGAGAUCGACGAGAUUGUGCUGGUGGGCGGCUCCACGCGCAUCCCCAAGGUGCAGGAGCUGCUCAAGGAGUUCUUCGAAGGCAAGGAGCCCAACAAGGGAGUCAACCCGGAUGAGGCGGUGGCCUACGGAGCGGCGGUGCAGGGAGGCAUUCUAGGCGGCGAGGGUGGCGACGAAGUGAAGGACAUCCUGCUUCUGGAUGUGGCCCCGCUGUCGCUGGGCAUUGAGACCGUGGGCGGUGUUAUGACCAAGCUCAUUCCUCGCAACACCGUCAUCCCCACCAAGAAGUCGCAGACCUUCACCACCUACCAGGACCAGCAGACCACCGUGUCUAUCCAGGUGUUCGAGGGCGAGCGCGCCAUGACCAAGGACAACCACAAGCUGGGCCAGUUCGACCUCAACGGCAUCCCGCCUGCGCCGCGCGGCACCCCCCAGAUCGAGGUCACCUUUGAGGUGGACGCCAACGGCAUUUUGAACGUGGCCGCCGAGGACAAGGGCACGGGCAAGAAGGAGAAGAUCACCAUCACCGCCGAGAAGGGCCGCCUCAGCCAGGACGACAUCGAGCGCAUGGUCCGCGAGGCGGAGGAGUUCGCGGAGCAGGACAAGGCCGUCAAGUCCAAGAUUGACGCGCGCAACCAGCUGGAGACCUACUGCUACAACAUGAAGAGCACGGUGGAGGACAAGAUGAAGGACAAGAUUGACGAGGACGACAAGGAGGCGAUCAGCACCGCGGUGAAGGAGGCGCUGGAGUGGCUGGACGAGAACCCGGAUGCGGAGCCCGAGGACUACAAGGACAAGCUGAAGGAGGUGGAGGACGUGUGCAACCCCAUCAUCACCAAGAUCUACCAGGCCAGCGGCGGCCCCAGCGGCGGCGACUCGGACGAUCUUGGGGACCACGAUGAGUUGUAGAGAGGCCCAAUGAGUGUGUGAGGGAUGAAAUGCUAGUAGGGCAUGGGAUUAGUUGGUGCUGUGGCAGCAUUUCAUGAGCGCUCAAGAGUAUUUGGAGUAUAGAGUGUACAGUGGUGGCUAUCCAUGGUUCAUACCUUGAGAUUCCUCUGCACAGUUGGGCUAGUCAGCGGGUGUACACACAGUAACACGUUUGUAGCCCCCAUCGCAAUAGUGGUUUUGAUUGGUGCUGAUUGUUACUGACUCGCGGACAACAAUAAGUUUUCGGACGCAUUUUGUGAUUCCCCCUCCAAUGGGGUUGCUGGCACGCCCGUGAGGCAAACCAGUGGAUCUGCGACAAUUACAUACUCCCGUAUGGGAUAAACGAAUGAGAUGCCUGCUGCAGGUUGUCAGCAGGAGGGUGCAGUAUUGCGUGCGCUUGGUACGCUUGUAAGAAUUUAAGACAUCUACGUGAAGGUAACGAAAUGGCCUCGGA